AUGGCAGAAUGCGUCGCUCUGAGCAAAACCCCAAUGGACAACUCUACUCUGCGACUUCGGAAACGCGCCGGCAGCUUCAGACGUGGACAGAAUGCGGCCGCACACUCCUUCAAAGAACCAGACGAUGGCCUGUCCCCAAACGGGUUAUCAGACGGGAGCCCGGAGCCGCACGAUGUCCACGUGUCUCGCCUCCUGCCUGUUGUGGCCUGUGUCUCCUUCUCCACUCGGCUCUACAGGAUCACCGAGCCUCCGCACGUCUGCUGGGAUGAGACACACUUUGGGAAAAUGGGCAGCUACUACAUCAACAGGACGUUUUUCUUUGAUGUCCAUCCUCCUCUUGGAAAGAUGCUGAUCGGUCUGGCUGGUUACAUGACGGGCUACGGCGGCUCCUUCCCGUUUGUGAAGCCUGGAGAUCGAUACGAACACCACAACUACUGGGGCAUGAGAGGGUUCUGCGCCCUCCUCGGCUCCUUCCUCCCAAUCUUUGCCUACCUCAUUGUGCUGCAGUUGUCCCGCUCACAGACGGCUGCCCUCAUUGCCGCCUCACUGCUGUUAUUUGACACCGGCUGCAUCACGAUAUCCCAGUACAUCCUCCUGGACCCUAUCCUCAUGUUUUUUAUUAUGGCCGCAGUACUGAGUAUGGUCAAGUUUCACCAGCAGACACAUUGUCCGUUUUCAUCGUCUUGGUGGCUGUGGUUGGGACUCACUGGGGUUAGCUUAGCCGGCGCGUUGGGAGUGAAGUUUGUCGGUCUGUUUGUCAUCACACUGGUCGGCUUAAACACUGUAUGGGAUCUUUGGAGACUUUUUGGAGAUCUGAAGUUAUCCUUGGUGGAAAUCACAAAGCACUUUGCAGCUCGAGUGUUCGGCCUCAUUGUGCUGCCUCUUUUUCUUUACGUUACAAUAUUUGCCGUUCACUUUGUUGUUUUGAAUAAAAGUGGACCCGGAGACGGUUUCUUCAGCUCAGCUUUUCAGUCUCGUCUCAUCGGAAACAAUCUGCACAAUGCAUCGAUGCCAGAAUACUUGGCAUAUGGCUCCACCAUCACUAUCAAAAACCUUCGCAUUGCAGGAGGAUACUUACAUUCUCACUGGCAUUUAUACCCAGAGGGAGUGGGCGCACGCCAGCAACAGGUGACGGCAUAUCUUCAUAAAGACUACAACAACUUAUGGCUGGUCCAUAAGCAUGAUUUCAAUAACUCGUGUCCCGAAAACCCAGACCUGGUCCGGCACGGUGAUGUCGUUCGCCUUGAGCACAAAGAGACAACUCGCAGUUUGCACAGUCAUCUCCACGAAGCACCGCUCUCAAAGAAGCACUUCCAGGUUACAGGUUAUGGAAUGAACGGCAGUGGGGACAGCAACGACCUGUGGCAGAUCCAGGUGUGUGGGGGCCGCUCCGGAGACCUGGUCAAAGUCCUGCGCAGCAAAAUACGACUUCUGCAUCGGGCCACGGGCUGUGUACUCUACUCCUCGGGCAGGACACUCCCAAAAUGGGGCUGGGAGCAGGUGGAGGUGACGUGUAGCCCGUAUCUGAAAGAGACUCCCAGUUCUCAGUGGAAUAUUGAAGAUCACAUCAAUCCUAAACUGCCAAACAUCAGUCUCUCCGUGCUGAAGCCACAUUUUCUGGAGAUCCUGAUUGAGUCGCAUAUCGUCAUGUUAAGGGGAAACAGUGGUUUAAAGCCCAAAGACAAUGAAAUGAACUCCAAGCCGUGGCACUGGCCGAUCAACUAUCAGGGGCUACGGUUUUCUGGAGUGAACAACACGGAUUAUCGCGUGUACUUGCUGGGAAACCCUGUGGUCUGGUGGAUUAACCUGCUCAGUCUGGCUCUGUAUCUCGUCAUGGCUGCAGUGUCCUCUGUAGCCGUACAAAGAGGCUUUUCACUGGGCUCCAAGAGAACAGAUCAGCUGCAUGUGCUCAGAAGAGGAGGGGGGCUGCUGCUGCUGGGUUGGCUGCUACACUAUUUACCUUUCUACGCCAUGGGCCGCGUGCUCUACUACCAUCACUACUUCCCCGCCAUGCUCUUUAGCAGCAUGCUGUCUGGAAUCACCUUAGACAUCUGGUUCAAAAGCACAGAUCUCUUCUUUCGCACUCCAUAUUCAGACUGGCUUCAGACCACUGGGAAUGUAGUCCUUCUGCUCAGUAUUGUUUACAGUUUCUACCUGUUCCACCCGCUGUCCUAUGGCAUGACCGGCCCUCUGGCACACCACCCAAAGAGUCUCAUGGCUGGCCUCAAGUGGAUGGACUCCUGGGAAUUUUAG